AUGGCUCCCUCAAGGCAGAACCAGGCCCCUCCUUACACCAAGGACGAGAGAGUGCUCUGUUUUCACGGCGAUUUAAUGUAUGAGGCUAAGAUUAUGGAGGUGGUUGUGAAACCAGGUCAGAAGCCUGAGGAUGCUCAGUACCGUAUCCACUACAAAGGAUGGAAAGCGAGCUGGGACGACUGGGUCUCGCAGGACCGUAUCCGCAAGUACACCGAAGAUAACAAGCAACUAGCUAGUCAGCUGGAGGCUCAGGCCCGAAUGCGAAGCUCUGGCUCCAAGGGAGGAAAGAAGGGUAUCAGGGCUAAUGGUUCCGAGAUGAGUUCUGCUCGAGGUAGUGAAGAGCGUGCUGCUGGAUCCUCAAGCUUUGGUGGUAGAGGUCCCCGACGGGGUAGGGAUUACGAACUUGAAAACGUAAGUUAA